UCCCUCUUCCUGCAACUCUCUCCCUCUCUGAUAAAUCUCGUUGAUCUCUCUCUGUCUCUCCACCUCCAACGACCAACCAUUAAUAAAAAAUCGAUCUCUCUGUCACCCACCCGCUUCGAAAUUCAAGAAUAAAACGCUUCACAUCUCAUCCCUCUCUCACUCAUCCACCCCCACCCUCUCUCCUUCUGACCAAAACCAUCUCUCUCUCUCUACCCCAAGUUGCCAUAUAAUUUCUCUAUAAAAUCUCAUAAUUUCGGGUUUUCCUUGGGGCUGAAUUGUGGAUUUUUGAUCUGGGUUUUUACCAGAUCUUGAGUUCUGGCUACGGUAAUCGUGUUUUGGUAGCAAUGCAUGUUAAUUCACUCCAUUUCUGAUCAUCACUUUUCUCUCUCUAGAUUUGUUGGCUAUUGGGUGGUGGUCUUAAGCAAGAUGGUGGUCUCCGGAUCGCUUACUCCUGGCCAGGUGUCAUUUUUCCUCGGAAUAACUCCAGUGUUUGUAGCAUGGAUAUAUUCUGAAAUAUUGGAGUACAGGAAAAGUUCAACCCCUACCAAAGCCAGGCAUUCAGAGAUUAACUUGGCUGACUUGGGCGGUGAAACUGUUAAGGAAGAUGAUAGAACUGCACUGCUGGAAGGAGGCCUUCAACCUGCUUCCACAAAAGUCCACCAUUCCAUUAAAUCUAACCUUCUCAGGUUCUUUUUCAUGGAUGAAACAUUUUUGGUUGAGAAUAGGUUGAUAUUGAGAGCAAUGUCAGAGUUUGGGGCUAUUCUGAUCUACUUCUACAUAUGUGAUCGGACAAAUUUGUUUGGAGAGUCGAAAAAGAGUUACAACCGGGAUCUCUUCCUCUUUCUUUAUUUCCUUCUAAUCAUAGUUUCAGCGAUGACUUCUUUCAAGAUACUCCUUGAUAAGUCAGCACUUACUGGCAAAUCCAUAUUGUAUCUUAACAGACAUCAAACCGAGGAAUGGAAGGGCUGGAUGCAGGUGUUAUUUUUGAUGUACCACUACUUCGCGGCAACUGAAAUUUAUAAUGCGAUUCGUGUAUUUAUUGCCUCAUAUGUUUGGAUGACUGGAUUUGGCAAUUUUUCAUAUUAUUAUGUUCGUAAGGAUUUCAGCCUGGCACGUUUUGCUCAGAUGAUGUGGCGGCUCAAUUUGUUCGUCACAUUUUGUUGCAUUGUACUAAACAACAACUACAUGCUUUACUACAUAUGCCCCAUGCAUACACUCUUCACUCUUAUGGUCUAUGGUGCCCUUGGAAUUUUUCACAAAUACAAUGAAAUUGGAUCAGUCAUUGCUGCAAAAGUGGCAGCUUGCUUUUUGGUGGUUAUCUUGAUUUGGGAGGUGCCGGGAGUUUUCGAAAUAUUCUGGAGCCCGCUAACAUUUCUUUUAGGGUACAAUGACCCAGAUCCUUCGAAAAAGCAAUACUCUCGCUUGCAUGAGUGGCAAUUUAGGUCGGGUCUUGAUCGGUAUAUCUGGAUUAUUGGAAUGAUAUAUGCGUACUAUCAUCCUACUGUUGAAAGAUGGAUGGAAAAACUGGAAGAGUCUGAAACCAAGAUUAGAGUAGCAAUAAAAACAACUGUAGCUGCAAUCGCUUUAGUGGUGGGUUAUCUAUGGUAUGAAUAUAUUUACAAGUUGGACAAGAUUAACUAUAACAAAUAUCAUCCCUAUACGUCAUGGAUUCCAAUAACUGUCUACAUUUGCCUUAGAAAUGUCACUCAACAAUUUCGAAGCUGCUCUUUAACACUCUUUGUGUGGCUUGGUAAGAUAACCCUGGAGACCUACAUCUCCCAGAUUCAUAUCUGGCUAAGAUCUGGCAUGCCUGAUGGACAGCCUAAAUGGUUGCUCUCUCUCAUCCCCAACUACCCCCUUCUCAACUUCAUGCUUACUACUGCCAUUUAUGUCUUGAUAUCACGCCGGUUGUUUGAGCUUACAAGCACUUUAAAAAGUGCGUUCGUGCCAAGCAAAGACGACAAGAGGCUCAUGUACAACCUGAUUGCUGGUGCUGCUAUAGCUCUUGUGCUCUACUCAGCAUCCUCUGUGUUUCUCCGGAUCCCUCAAAUGCUGGCAUGACCAUUAGAAGAGCUUGGAUGCAUGGAGGUUUUAUGGCAAUUGAUUGCGGCUGUUUGUACCUCUAAUUUGUUGAGCCUUGCAAUAUAUGCGAUCGGGUAUACAUACAUCAGCAUCAGUGAUGGGUAGCAAGUGUACGUGAAGUUCGCUCCUCACAAUUUUUUAGGUUUUCCUUUGUUUUCAGAAAUUUGUGUACAGAGGGGGCUGAUCUCUGAAUUCAAUCUCAAAUUGAGGGAUUCAGGGGAAGUUCUGGCAUAUGCAUUCAUGUAUUCUGCCUUUUAAUUAUAAUGACGUGAUUUGUAAAACACAAUGUUCUCUAUCUGUAACACCGAUAUGUGUUGGUUAUGUUAGUUCUCGUCUUUGGUAA